AUGGCUGCCGUGACUUGCCCUUCGGCUACCGUGUCGCGCGCUUCCCUCGCGCCGGCGUCCCUUUCGGGCGUGUCUAGCCGCAAGAAUGUGAGCUUCUCUAGCUUCACCCCGAAGGCCAACUUCGGCGUGAAGGCAGCCGCUGGACGGGUGACGAUGGAGGUCGUUAAGGACAAGCCCAGAGACGGGUCCAAGGAGCCGUCCAAGGAGACUCUCCUCACUCCCCGCUUCUACACCACCGACUUCGACGAAAUGGAGAGGGUAAAUUUCACGACCCUCGACGCUACAUCGGACAUCAACCCGUACCUGAACCAGGCGGAGUUCGAUGCGUGCCUGGAGGAGUUCAAGGCCGACUACAACCAGACGCACUUCGUCAGGACGCCCGAGUUCAAGGCUGCCGCCGACAAGAUCCAGGGCCCCGCCAGGGAGAUCUUCGUUGAGUUCCUCGAGCGGUCGUGCACAGCCGAGUUCUCCGGCUUCCUGCUCUACAAGGAGCUCGGCCGUCGCCUCAAGGCGCGCAAGUACACCUUCUUCAAGCCCCAGUACAUCCUGUACGCUACGUAUCUGUCGGAGAAGAUCGGCUACUGGCGCUACAUCACCAUCUGGCGCCACCUGGCCCAGAACCCGGAGUACCAGUGCUACCCCAUCUUCCAGAAGUUCGAGAACUGGUGCCAAGACGAGAACCGCCACGGUGACUUCUUCACCGCCAUGCUCAAGUGCUACCCUAAGUUCCUUCAGGACUGGAGCUCCAAGCUCUGGGCGCGCUUCUUCUGCCUCUCGGUGUACGUGACGAUGUACCUGAACGACCACCAGCGCACGGCGUUCUACGAGGGUCUGGGCCUCAACACAAAGCAGUUCAACAUGCACGUGAUCAUCGAGACGAACAAGACCACGGCGCGCAUCUUCCCCGCCGUGCUUGACGUCGAGAACCCCGAGUUCCAGCGCCGCCUUGAUGUGCUCGUGGGUCUCAACCAGAAGCUCGUUGACAUUGGCAAGAGCGACGCCCCUGAUGCUCUGAAGAAUGUGCAGCGGUUCCCCGUCCUGGCGUCGUUUAUUGGCGAGCUGCUCGCGCUCUAUUUCAUGCGGCCUGUGGACUCUGGGUCCGUCGACUUCAUUGACAACGAGGCCCAGGUUGUGUACUAA